AGUUAAUGACGGUCUUCAGUGCAGACAAUUUUGACAGUUAUGUGAUUGAGGGCUUUAAUGGAAUCUAAAACUUGUAUCUCAACUUUAUCUGCAGAAGACCUGCGGUUGCAUCUCCUGUCGACUAACAAACUGCCGGCUGGAAUUCCAGAAAAAUUGCUAGUUAUAGUUAAAGGCAAUUAUUCUCAACUGACAAGUCACUUGAAACUUUUUCAUGGCUUCCUUAAAACAACAGGUCAUAGUAACAGAACUUUGUAUUGUGGGAACGCUGACUGCAAGGCUGGCUUCAACAGUUUUGCUAAAUAUAGAGACCACGUUAUCAAUUGUUUAGUUAAAGAUCCACAACCAGAUGUUAGACAAGUACUUCCUGAUGUUUCUUUUCAACAUAUCGAACCAGGAGUAACUGAUUUCGAUGUUAGUGAUCCUUUACAGCAGGACAGUUUUCACCAAGCGAAUGCAACAGCAGAUAAAACAACUCAGAGAUUAGCUAGAUUCUUUCUUGAAUUGAGGGCCAAACACAAUGUUAGUCAUUCUGCCAUUGAUUUCAUUGCUAAAAAUAUUGAUACUAUCUUUAAAGAUGUUGCUCAGUUUUGUGAUUUAGAAACAAAUUUGACAUUAACCAACAUUGAAAAAGCCACUAGCAAAUUGAAUUCUCACCAGAAAAGGAUUCGUUAUUUUACCAGUAAUAUGGGAGAUAAUGACACAGUCAUCAUUGAGUACAGCAAGGCGACUUUUGGGUAUCGCCAAAAAGAAAUCAAACAAACUCUGACUGAACCUGGUCUCAUCAUGAAAGAAUAUCCCCGCUUCAAGGACUUCCAAAAUGGAUCUCUGUUUCAGGUAGAAUUUCAGUUACUCUAUCCCGAUGCCAAGAACUUCGAAAAAGUCUUUAAAGAAAAAUUCUUAUUUAAAAUAUUGGCUCUGGCUAAUAAAAAAAACAUUGACAUUCCUGACUGCCCUGACGAAUGUCUUAAGGCCGUUUUCGUGUUACUAAAGCUGACUCCAAGCAUCGUUAAACUCCGAAAAGUUAAUUUUCGUUUGAUUACGGAACGACUGAUAGUCUUUUUAAAGGAUAAUGCUGACUUGAUUCAAUUAAGCGAAACGCGAGACCCUCAUUUGAAGCAGCCAUUCAUCUGCUGCAUGGGAACGAUGGAAACUCCUACAAACUUCUGGAUUGUUAUCGAUCGUGAUAUAAUACUGUGUGGUAACGACUUUGCAACUGCUUUCGUUAACUUGUUUUUCUCGUUUUAUGCAUUUAAUUUAAAUUUCCCUCAGUAUUUGGAAUCAUUUUAUGGAUUUUUUGAGGAAUGCGUUUUCGAUAUUAAAAUUCCUUCUCCCUCAGUAACAGCCUUUAGAGCAUCCCUAGAAUGUUUAAGAGACCUACAAGGCUAAAUUGCAAUGCUAACACAAUCGAGCUUAAAAGUGAAUGGCGCCAACUUUUAUAAAAGUGGGCGCUUUCAAGCUUAUAAGCUUGAUUGUGUCAUCAUGUGCAAUGAUGUUUAUUUUUAAGUUGAGGUGUUCCAAAAAUGCAAAUACUGUUGUCUUAUUUUGUUCUCCUGUUCUUUAUAAUAACAAACUGGGUUUUUUAUGAUAAAAAAUUUGUUGUAUUUGUAUAAAUGUUGUCUUGCACCGUUGUAGUAUGCUCCUUCCCAUGGCCUAAUCUCAGAUGAAUACAGACUUCUGAAAGACA